AUGUCUUCGCGUACAAUUCAGAAAGAAGCUAUGUUCAUAGUUGAUAACUGCGUGCAAACAGAUGUUUGUGGACACCACCUUGACGAAGUUCCAAAUAUCGGAAACGCACCACCAAUCCUACCUCAAGAGCCGCAAUAUCAAACAGUCCAGACAAUGUCCUUUGGCUUAAUGCAAUAUUAUUUUCGAGGACAAUACAGCCUUGGAGAUGCGUUGUAUUAUGAAUAA